GAAUGGAUUAUUGAUUCAUCUUCUGAGUGUUUUUCCUUUCGCGACGGUCACUACUAUUAUUUUCUUUUACAUCGCCUUUUGGUUCUCUCCACGAUCUAUUAUUGCCACAGCUGCGCGAUUUAUCCAGUUGCUCGCCCGCUCAUAGCGACGAUUAUUUAUUGCCUCUGGUUUUUUCUUUCAAUUUCCACAGUAAUUUUUUUGCUUUACUUCUUGCCGUUUUCGUCGUAGUAUUUAUUCUCCGUUUCCUUUUCCUCGGAGGAAACCCAGAAAGUGGAGGAGGAGCGCGGAGACCGUACCCGUGCAGGUUGCCAAACAAACCCAACUGGUGGAGCCGUUUAAAGUAUACUUUUUUUUUGCUAGUUGCUUACCCGUCUCGACCUUUUGUUCUCCGCUGCUCCUGUUGUCUUACGCCUCUUUCAAUUUAUUAUUAUUAUUAUUUUCUUUCUCUCUCUCUCCCCGAGAAAGAGAAUCAAAACCGUACGCCUGUUUAUUCCCAUCGGCAGCUUUCUAUUUACAUCAGCUUCUUCUGCUCUCUUUGAUGUUCUGUGUUCGGCUCUUGGACUAAAGCAUACAUAGUCUCUUGACCGUCUCGUUAGCACCGACACGCACUUACUAAAGCGCCGGACGCACAUCUUUGUGACUUCCGUAUCUUCUUUUGCUCCCAGCUCAGUGAACCUCCACAAAAAAAACUUUUCUUUUAAACAUACCUCUAUUUGCUCUUCGCUAUUUCUUUUUCUAAUCAGCUCUUUUUACUAGUUAUCUUCGAGCUUAUUUUCUCCGUGUUCGGUUGUGAGCCGCUGCCACUGCAGUUUCUUUCGUUGCAUAUUUUUUUUUUGAAACGAAGAAACAAGAACGAAAAAACAUGACGGACAACAAGUUCACUCCUAUAAUCACGUCCUUCCUGGACACGGACGCCUACAAGCUGCACAUGCAGCAGGCGGUGUUCCACCAGCACCCCACCGUCGUCACGUCGUACGAGUUCAACUGCCGCAACAAGGACGACCACCUCGGCAUCUACGCAGAGGCGGUGCGCAAGCAUGUCGCCUCCAUGUCCAACGUGCGCCUCACGGAGGAAGAGUACGCCUACCUGGGCACGCUGCCGCACUUCAAGGCCGACUACCUGGAAUACCUGCGCAACUACCGCUACAAGCCGGAGCAGGUGCACAUCCGUUCGAUUCAGCCGGUGCUGUCGUGCGAGAGGAACGAGUUUGGCGAGGACGGCUCCGACCUGGUGGUGACCGUCGAAGGUCCGUGGGUGGAGACGAUUCUGUGGGAGAUUCCUCUGUUGGCGAUCAUCAGCGAGGUGGCCCAGCACAGCCGCCGCCCGCACGUCGACGUUCCCGAGGCGAUUUCGACACUGCGCGAGCGGUUGGAUGACUUCUUCGCGCGUCACACCCAGGAGGAGCUCGCGACCUUCAAGGUGGCCGACUUCGGCAGCCGCCGUCGCUUCAGCAAAGCUGUGCAGGAGGCCAUUGUGCGUGCGUUGAAGGAGGAUGCCCGCUUUGGCCCGCACCUCGUCGGCACCAGCAACUACGACUUGGCGCGGCGCCUGAACAUGCCGCCGGUAGGUACGCAGGCCCAUGAGUGGUUUCAGGCCUUCCAGCAGCUCUCGCCGGAGCUGCGCCGCUCGCAGAUUAUGGCGCUGGACUACUGGCUGCGGGAGUACCCGCACUGCCUCGGUGUGGCCUUGACCGACUGCAUUACGAUGGACGCCUUCCUCAGCGACUUCGACGCGCGUCUGGCCAACGCCUACCAGGGCCUUCGUCAGGACUCCGGCGUGGCUGCGGAGUGGGGCCAGAAGGCGGUGGCGCAUUACAAGACGCUCGGCAUUGAUCCCCACACCAAGACGCUCGUCUUCUCUGACGGCCUCGAUUUGGAAAAAGCGGUAGAGUUGUACAACCAGUUCAAGAACUCAACGAAUGUGAUGUGUGGCAUCGGCACGCAGCUGACGUGCUACAUCAGGGGGGUUCGCCCGAUGAAUAUUGUCAUCAAGAUGGUGCGCUGCCAGGGCAAGCCCGUCGCGAAGGUGUCGGAUAGCCCCGGCAAGAGCAUGUGCAAGGACCAGGCCUAUGUGGAGAAGUUGAUGGAGGUGUUCAACGUGCAGUUGAGCCCCGUUACGGAAAUGAAACUGGAAGAGUUUGGGAAGGCGGUGGAGAGCAAGAAUGUUAGAAAGUGA